GCAAUCGAGCACCUCAGGUCCUCUCUUUGUCCUCGACCACCAAUACCACCACCUCUACCACCGCAGAACUUGCUGCCAUGCCCGAACCAUAUAACAACUGGCCCAAUGAUGCUGGCUUCGACCUCGACGUCACCGAUGACCAGCGCGAACCCGUCGAAGCAAAGAUCACAGGCACGAUUCCUCCCUAUGUUGCCGGUGUCCUCUACCGCACCGGACCUGGUGGUUACCGUGUCCCCACCGACAAGGGCACAACCUUCGAGUUAGACCACUGGUUCGAUGGCUUCACCCAGAAUCACCGUUUCGAGAUCAUCCCCGCCACCUCCACCUCCCCCGCCCGCGUGCUCUACAACUCUCGCAUGGCGACCGAUCCACUCAUUCAGAAGAUCCGGCGCGAGGGAAAGAUGGAUGCGUACAGCUUCGCGAACAAGCGCGAUCCCUGCACAGGCUUCUUCAGGAAAGUCAUGUCCGUCUUCUUCCCUCCCACGAGCAACUACGACGAGAAGAACACCGGCGUCACUUUCUCAGUGAACCCGCCCGGCAUGCACGACACCGUCGGCGUGAGCCCCAAGCACAAGGAAAAGGACGGGCACGGCAUCGCGCGCCUGUGGACCAAGACCGACGCGCAGCACUUCCUCGAGAUCGACUCUCAAACCCUUGAGCCCAUCGGCUACGCCGACCAGGACGUGUUGCACCCCGACCUCAAAGGCCCGCACUCGGCCGCGCACGCGAAGAGCGACCCUGUCACCGGCGACGUGUUCAACUACAACCUCGACACGGGCAAGGUCGCCACGUACCGCGUCUUCCGCGUCAACGCUUCAUCAGGCACAACCGACAUUAUCGCGACAAUCACGGACGCGCCGCCCGCGUACCUCCACAGCUCGCUGCUCACCGAGAACUUCUACAUCCUCUGCGUGUGGAACAGCGAGCUCGCGUGGGGCGGUGCCAAGAUGCUCUGGGACCGCAAUGUGCUCGACGUUAUUCAGCCAGAUGAGAAGCGCGGCGCGACGUGGUACGUCGUCGACCGGCGCCACGGCAAGGGCGUCGUCGCCAAGUUCCACAGCGGACCGUUCUUCUCGUUCCACCCAUUCAACGCGUGGGAGGAGCCCUCGAAGACAAAGGCGGGAGAGGUCGACAUCGUCGCGGACCUCCCUAUAUACCCGAACACGGACAUCCUCAAACGGCUGUACUACAACACGCUCAAAUCCACAUCGCCAGACGCGCUCAAGUGGACCGGCGCCGCACGCGAAGGCACCCUCGCGCUCCUCCGCCGCUACCGCCUCCCGUCCGUGCCCGUCGUCUCCCCCGCGUUCGACUCUCCAUCUACCGAGGCGCUCAGCGCAGGCACGCAGGAGGCGAUCGUGGAGUGGACAGCACCCAGCGACAAGUCGUGCGACCUCCCGACACUGAAUCCGCGGUACGUUUGCAAGCCCGCGCGGUACGUGUACGGCGUGAACGACCGGGGCCAGUCUACGUUCUACGACGGGCUCGUCAAGUUCGACACGCACACCCAGGAAGCGGUGUAUUGGUCCGCGCAGGCGCAGUCUGCGGGCGAGGCGGUGUUUGUGCCCAACCCGGACGGGACGGAGGAGGACGACGGGGCGUUGUUGACGGUGGUGUUGGAUGGGUUUACGGGGAAGAGUUAUCUUGCGGUGUUGGAUGCGCGGGAUAUGACGGAGGUGGCAAGAGCGAGUCUUGAGACGGCGGUGGGCUUUGGGUUCCAUGGCGCGUAUGUUGCUGGGAAGACAGGAACCGCGGUGGAUAUCUAGUAGGGUUGUACUGUUGCGAUUUUUCUUGUUCCCUUGCCCUCAUGUUCUUGUGCGCGGUUGAUAUCACUUGGAGGGUGUUGUACGCUAUUUACGCUCAUGUUUAGUCACUCAUGUUUUCUCCACUCAUUUGCUUUUGACAUACGACUUACACAAUGCAUCUUUUC